AUAAAUUGACAGUUUGCACGUGUGGCUGCACAUUAUCAUUUCUGCAUUCUUCGCACUCUCAGGUUAUUCGACGUGCGCAUAAAAGUAGAUCCGAAAAAAUUUGCACAUUCCAACAUCGGAGAAAAGUGAGUCAGUCUGUUUGUGCAAAUUUUAUUUGGUUGGUCCUUUGUUGUCUGAUGUUAACGUUCCAAGGAAUGCAAGCAUCAGCAACAAUCCCAUCAGCAAGCUCAAUUUCUAUAAAGCAAGGAGAUCUGAAGCCUAAGAAGCCUUCAGAAAAAUUGGAAUGCAUCAAAACUGGCUUAAAACACGCACCGGCAUUCUAUUAAUUAACUUACUGACUAGAAAUUUGUCGUCCAGAAGUUAAAAAUAAAUUCCCAGAGUCGAGAAAUGAUUAAAAAUGUAAUGAUUUUUUACAAUUAUGGUGAUGCGUCAUCGAGUUCUAAUUAAGUCAACGGCAGAAUUUCUCUGAUCAUCAACAGUAAGAAGAUCACGCCGGAUCCGGAAGUAGUGUCCAUCGUGCUCAUCGACCACUCAUAUUCAGAGAAUCGGUUCAACCCUCCUGUAACCUCCGAAUUAGUGACUUUUUGUUCAUUUAAAUGGUCAUCGUCCUUAUCUAAAAAUGGUACUACCGACAAUCCAAGCGUCUUCCUUGUUGCCCAUCUUAUUCGUCAUAAGUGGAAAAAUUCUACUCAAGAAUGUCGAUGGGCUUCAUAUCAGAAAUCCUAUUUUCAUCUCUGACCGAGCCAACAGAGCGUCCCCAUUCAAUUUUACGGAUAAUCGAUUGGGUGAAAGUGUACGAGAUGGGAAGGCCCGAUUGGGUGGACCGGGGUUGUCUUUGAGACCCUUUGGUCAUAUUUCACAUCAUAAGAAGAUGCCACAUCAUACGCAGUGGCAGUGUGGGUCGGCUAAACUGGAUGGGAUUGAGGUCACGGAAAGAAGAGGAAGAAUUCUGGGAGGAAGGACCCGAUUUGAACCCAUUCCUUGGCAAGCGAGUCUGCAGUCUAAUGAAAACGGAAAUUGGCGACAUAUUUGUGGCGCUGUCUUAAUAUCGCAGCAUCAUCUCUUAUCAGCAUCACACUGCAUAGGCUUGGAAUCUCAUACAAAGUACAGAGUUGUGUUGGGGAAAGUUAACCUGAAUGAAGUGAGCGAUCACGAGCAAGUAUUUUACAUUCGAGACGCGGAUAUAACCACCCAUCGCCAGUUCGGUUUUAGCACAGAAUUUGAAAAUGACAUUGCCAUCAUCAAAGUUGACGGGAGGAACGGUCGCGGUGUGGUCUUUAAUAAUUACGUUCAGCCAAUCUGUCUUCCAGACUACGACGGGUGGGAGCACAAAAUGAUCUCGAACAAGGAAAACUGUCUCGUUUCCGGUUGGGGCAGUGCGAAAGGUCCAUUUGCCGAGGAUUACAGCGUCUCUCUCCAAGUUGCUUCUGUCCCAAUUCAAAAACAAGAGACUUGUCGAAAACUUUAUAAUCAUGAGAAUAAUAAUGACUUGACAAAUUGGCUGAGAUAUUCAAAUCCUAAACCACCAGAGAAAAAGCGUCGUUUAGGAGCAGGUCAAUUUGGGGGAAGUCAGCAACGCUUCUUGGACAGCAUGCUUUGCGCAGGACCGCUCACUGGAAGGUACGUCGAUUCUUCGAGAGGCGAUAGUGGAGGUGGAUUGGCAUGCAGGAUGAAUGGACAGUACUACUUGGUUGGGUUAGUUUCGUGGGGCGAUCAUUUCUCAGCUCCAGGCGUUUACACAAGAAUUUCGCAUUAUCUUCACUGGCUUGAUACAGAAAAAUUACUACUCGGACCUGGAUAUAGAAAAUAAUUUAAUUUAAAAAUUAAGAGUUUAUGUGGAUGUUGUGUUACUACAAUGACUUGUGAUGAGUCUACAUAGUACAAAAGCUUAAUUAUUUGCUUCCUAUUCUAUAUAUCUCGUGCUGUGAAUUUAGUAUUGCAUAUUAUUAUUACUUGCUGCUGUUGUAACAUUUUUAAAUAUUUUUUUUGUACCAAUUGACGACGUGGACUGGAGUCGUCUUCUUAGGUUGUGAUUUUAAUAAAGUAAGAAGUUAAGUGGUUAA